AUUCUAUUGAAUUAUGUUUUGGACAUAAUCCAGUGUCUGUUUCAGCAUCUGAAAUUGGUUUUGCUCGUGCAUUUAUUCGUUUGGCACUUGAACGUCGUCUUUUAUCUCGUCAUUUAUCUGAAUUAUUUUCUCAUAGUGAUCUUUUACAAGCUUUAUAUAAACGUGAAGCUUUUUCACAUAUUGAUAUUAUUUAUAAUGUUAUUAUUGUUCCUACUAGAGCACGAGCAACAGGAAUUUCUAGUACAACAACUGCUAAUCCAUAUAUUGCAUUAGCUGGUAUUUUGGGAUCAACAAAAGUUAUACCAUUUCCAUCAAAAAAUACACUUGAAAUUAAAUUCAAACACAAAAAUUUGGGUCAAUUAACAACACUUCGAAUAGGUCAUGAUAAUACUGGUUUAAUGCCUCGAUGGAAUAUUGAUCAUGUUCUUGUUCGAAAUCAAUUAACAAACAAUGUUUAUCGAUUUCCAUGUGGACGAUGGUUAGGUAAAGGUAUUGAUGAUGAUAGUUUAGAGCGACUUCUUUUUAUUGAUUCGACAUAUUCAUGUGAAAUGAAUGAUAAUAAUACUAAUGGUUUAUUCGAUUCUGGUUCACCAUCUCAAUUAAUGACAACAAGUUUCAUAAGUGGUGGAUCUCAAGCAAAUUUAUCAGCUUCUGUACGAUCACGAUCAUCUAGUUUACGACGUGUCAAUGAUCAAAAUUUUGUCUUCAGUUGGCUCACGGAAAAUUUUUAUCGUCAUCGAUCAAUUAAUCAAUUAGUUAAAUGUUUUGAUGAACCUGAAAAAAAAAGAUUAAUAACACCAAUUUUAUGUGGUGAAGAUGGUCUUGUUAAUGCAUUAGAAAAAACUCUUUCCUAUGGUUUAAAAAAAUCAACUGGUAAUGUUCCAUUUUUUGGCGAUGGAUGA